GAUGGGCAGGCCUGCGUAUGACACAUGUACAGCCCCACACAUAGAGCUGUACAAUCAGUUCACAGUAUUUAGCUAUGGAUUCGUGCUGAAAGUUAAGUUUAUUUGCUUCACACCUCACUUCUAACCUAAAAGAAAAAACAGAUAUAAAAACAGACAUGCCUGAAGAGGGCAGUGUCUUACCAACCGCCCACUUCAACAACACACUCAACAACAACAGCAGCUCUUCUUCUCAGCUGUACACAGAGACAGAAAUCACAGCAGGAACAGCAGCAGCAGGUCGAGAUGACUUAUUCCUGUAUAGAUCGCUUAUUAACCGGUUUCUUUAUGGGCAGCUAAACGACACGACCACGUAGAUCUUAUGAUUACCUCAGGACUGGAUCUGACACCUGCGCUGUAAAAGAGAGCUGCUGGAAAGUGAACAGAGCAUCUGAGACACCAUGUCUGCUGCCUGCCCGCCUCAGUCUCCAGCCGUGGCUAAAACAGAGGUGGCGAUGGAGGGAUGGUGCCCUCUGCUUGCAGCCACCUUUGCCUACUGGGACAACAUCCUGGGGCCUCGUGUCCGGCACAUCUGGGCUCCCAAAGGUCAGGGGUCAAUGUUGCUUAGUGAUGGUGAGGUGACUUUCCUGGCCAACCACACGCUAAAUGGCGAGAUCCUGCGGAGUGCAGAGAGCGGUGCUGUGGAUGUUAAGUUCUUUGUCUUGGCAGAGAAGGGAGUGAUCAUCGUAUCGCUGAUCUUCGACGGAGAACUGAAAGGUGACAAAAACACCUGCGCCCUGUCCAUCAUUCUGCCCCAGUCCGAGCUGAACUUCUACCUGCCCCUGCACAGCGUGUGUGUGGAGAGGCUGAAGCACAUUGUUCGCAAAGGACGCAUCUGCAUGCAGAAGGGUUACAGCAUUAUCGCUAUGUUAACAUCUGAGAUUGUGCCCAUCAUGGAGCUUUUGUCAUCUAUGAAGACACAUAGUGUUCCAGAAGAAGUUGAUAUCAAAGACACAUUGUUGAAUGAUGAUGACAUUGGAGACAGCUGUCAUGAGGACUUCCUGCACAAAGCCAUCAGCUCUCAUCUGCAGACCUGCGGCUGCUCCAUUGUUGUUGGCAGCAACCCAGAGAAAGUCAACAAGAUUGUCCUCACGCUGAGUCUGUUCCUCACUCCCACUGAGAGGAAGUGCUCUCGACUGUGCCGAGCGGAUGGCUCCUUCAAGUACGACACUGGCCUCUUUGUUCAGGGGCUGCUUAAGGACUCCACAGGAAGCUUCGUUCUGCCCUACCGGCAGGUGCUUUACUCCCCAUAUCCAACUACUCACAUAGACGUGGACAUUAACACAGUGAAGCAGAUGCCGCCGUGCCACGAGCACAUGUACCACCAGCGCCGCUACAUGAGGUCUGAGCUCAGCGCGCUGUGGAAAGCCGCCAGCGAGGACAACAUUAGCCCUGACAACCUCAUCAACUCCCAAGACUCCUUCACCCCUGACCUGAAUAUUUUUCAGGAUGUGAUGCACAAAGACACACUGGUGAAGUCUUUUAUAUAUGAGGUUUUUCUCUUGAAGCCCAGCCUGUCUUUGAGAAGUGUGUACUUGUCCCAUUUUCUUCUGCUGCUGCACAGGAAGGCUCUUACACUGCUCCGAUAUAUUGAGGAUGAGACUCAGAAGGGGAAGAAGCCGUUCCGGUCCCUGCGCAAUCUAAAGACUGACCUGGACUUGACCGUGGAGGGUGACCUGAACAUCGUCAUGGCGAUGGCGGAGAAGCUGCGGGCAGGUCUUCACUACUUCGUGUUUGGGAAGCCAUUCUUCACCAGUGUGCAGGAGCGUGACCUACUCAUGAGCUUCUGAACUUCUGUGCUCUACACUCACAUUGGCACUGUGCCAAAGACUGCAAUCCAAAAGACUGUCCAGAUUGAUGCUGAUUCAUGUGCUAAAUAAACAAGCCAGUGUUCGGUGUAUGCUGCUGCUUACAUAUAGUUAACAUAUUUCUGAUAAUACCUGCUGAGCUUGUGUGACCUGUAAGU